AUGGAUUCCAAAAGUCGUUGCAAUGCCAAAACCAAGGAAGGGCAUCGCUGCCAACGACAAUUUCGAAAACCGGCGCUUUAUUUUUUCCAGCAUGAGCGUAUACUGGGUCAACAUGUUGUCACGACAGCGGUCAAUAUCUCCAGUGAGCUGGUGACGAUUGAAAACCCGGCAAGUGAUUCAGAAUCAACCACAAGCUCCGACGACUUCGAGCUCCGUCCAAAAACGCCGUGCUUUCACGAAACUGCGAGAAAUGAAAUCCUCGGGAAUCUAGAGCUUCAGAAUUCGGAAAACCCUAAUAUCAAGCAAUGUUUUAGCAGCGUCAACAAUGUCUACAAUCGGGAGCCGCGAAAAAUCUCAAAUUGCCAAGUGUAUAUUGAGAACCUUAUUACGCACUUGGCUCCUGUGCUAUCUGAUCAAGCUGAAAUGGUUGAAAGUCUGACGAAAGGUGCCACAUUUGUUGGAUUGAAAGAGUCCAAUGACAGCGGUAGAGCCUCUGAUGGAUAUUUCCCAAGCUUAAAGGACGCUUUGCGAAAUCUUUCCAAGCCCCAGGAUACCACCGUGGCAGCAGAAAGCCGCAAGAUUGCUCUUCAAGAGAUAGCUCAACGUCUUGCCAAAAUCGCUUCUCUUCUCAGAACAGCCUCAAAUAUCUGCCAGAGCACAAAGCGGAAAGACCAUUUUUCAAACGCGGGCCGUGGAUCAUAG